AUGCCUGUACAUAAAAACCCGAUCUUGGCUGGAUUCAAUCCCGACCCCAGCGUUGUUAGGGUUGGUGAAAACUACUACUUGACAACAUCAACACUAAAUCUCAGGACCGGUGAGCCUGGCUCUGGCAUCUGGGCACCCACUCUUAGAUAUCACGAUGGCAUGUUUUAUAUCACCUCCUGUCUUUGGACUGCCUACUCCCCACAGCAAGACUUGCGAGUUUGGCCCAGGGGAUUCUACGUCUCCACCACAGAUCCUUGGGGAAGUGAUGGCUGGUCUGACCCAGUAUAUUUCGAUCAACCAGGCUUUGAUCAGGACCUUNUUUGGGAUGAUGACGGCAGUGUUUACCUCUCAACUUGCUACAGGGCGAUAGACCAUGAUGUUAGUAGUGGACUCCNNAAAGGCUUCAAGGUUCACGUUUCGAGAGUCGAUCUGGCCACAGGGGCGUCCCUCGAUACUCCUAGAGUAAUUCGAGCAUCACCAUCGGGCGUUGCUGAAGGAUCACAUAUCAUCAAGAAAGGCCACUAUUAUUAUCUAUUCGUUGCAGAAGGCGGAACAGAGAGCGGCCACAUGGAGUUGGUGUUUCGGAGCGAAAACGGACCGUAUGGCCCUUGGGAUCCUGCGCCGAACAACCCCCUGAUUAGCGCCAACACACAAGACGAUGUUCAAAACACGGGGCAUGCUGAUCUGGUCGAGGAUGUAAACGGUAGAUGGAAAGCAGUCUGUCUUGCAACAGAUGCGCCGCUGAAGCGGGAGUAUUCUCUCCUGGAGCGUGACCGUCAUUUACGCCUCUGGGGAGGUCCCUACAACCUUCAAUCGCUUGAGAGUCCGACGCUGGUCCUUCGCAAACAGAUGUUUGUGUGUGGGAUUUGGGAGACUAAAUUGGACUUUCGGGCCCGAUAUCAGCAUUGUGAAGCGGGCACUGUGAUCUACUGGAACCCUUACACAUUCAGCAGCAUUGGCAUUCGCAAAGGGUUAGCUGGGGAGAGCAGAAUGAUUCGAUUCACGACUUCGAAUUCACCGGGAGACUUCACAUCUACCGACCAACCGCUCAACUACAUGGGUCCUGUCAAACUUGCAAUCAAGUGCUCUGAGGUUGGGUACGCUUUAGGGUAUGCAGAGCUUGGUGACGAGUACAAGUGGUUGGAGCAAAUUAGCAUGAGGACUAUGACGGCGGACCCUCCGAGAGGAAUGGCAUUCACAGGCAUGAUGUUUGGACUAUAUGCAUAUGGAGAGCUUCAGAAGUGCCUGGAGCCCGCAGACUUUGCUUUCGCCUCGUUCACGAGCAAUUGA